UACCCGAUGAUUGAUUGCUCGGUUGUUAUUUGAUAAUUCCCGUGCUGUCUAAGUCGAGUUGUGAAAAGGGUUUUGUAAUGAGAACGCUAGUAAUUUUUUUACAUUUCAGUUAGCAAUUACUCAGUACAAAAUUCGACACUCAAAAUGUAUUCAUAAUUCUUUGUGAGUUGUGCUUGUUGUGAAAAUGUCAAGCCAUGACGAGCACGAACAGUUCAUUUUUCGUCCACAACAACAUUUGGAUGCUAAAUGGCUCAAUCCUGACUUACAGGAGGCCUUACACAAUCCAGAUUCCCUUUCUGCUUUAUUUAAUAUUCUUUUACAAGACAGAGAAAUAUAUUUCAAUGCCGGAAGCGGCCUCGUAAACGGUGCUGGUAUUACUGCUAAACUUGGGGAUAGUGGAAAAUACUACUGCGGCCUAAGGAUAUUAACCUGUACUUGUUGUGAUGGUCUUUGUGGUCCCCACUCUGGAUGUGCUUGUGUUCCAUGCACUGCACUAUCUGUUGAAGAAGAGCAUAGAAUAUCUAUCCUGACAAAAUAUGUGAAUCCGCCAACAUCACUUCAAAUAAUAGAUGAUCUCAAAUGGAAACAAGAUCCAGGACCAGAAUGCCUUCUAAGUUUAAUGGAGUCAUUGAUUUUUGAGCAAAGAUUUAGAGCCAUCAACACUGCUGUCAGCUGUCCAUUAGUUUCAGAAAUCCGUCAUCUCAUCGUCUUGUGCAACAGACAUCUUGUGGCAGUUAUAAGGGAUCAAAGUCACAGAAAAGAAGUUAAAAAAGCGAAUUUAGAGAAGAAACCUCCACAUGGUGUAAGCAAUAGAGCACUAAGCAAUGUUGUAAAUGCACUUAACAACCCCAUAGAUGCAAGCGCAGAAAGUCAAGAAGAAAUUGAGGAGCCCACUGAUGAUUCAGAAAGUACUCUCGGCUUGGCACGGGUUGGUGCUCGUGCAGCGUUACGCUUAGCUUUGUCGCUGGUACGUCGUGCGUGGCGCUGUGGAGAAGAUGCAGAUGUUUGCUCAGCUUUGCUGAAAGAUGCGUUGGAUGCAGUGCGGGCUUUACCUGAUGCUGCGCUAUAUGCCGGUACAGGGACCCCACAGCAAGCGCCAAGAUCGCAGAAAAUAUGGGCGGAAGUUGUAGAUAGCGCUGCUCAGUUCCUACAUCAGGUUGUGACAGGUGAAGUGGGUUGUAAUGUACCUGUUGGUGAUUGGCGUAUAUCAUUAUGUGUGUGGGUUGAGUUGUGUGCGAGACGUGCCGAACUGCCAGCACUACUGAAAGCAGCUGAUGUUCUAGUCACUUUACCUCCUAAGCAAAAACGACAGCCUGCCAAUCACAGAAUUACUCUAGAAGAAUGUACAGCGCCCUUGGGGCCUUUUCUCAGACGUAUGGCAAAAGUCGCAGCGCCUAACCCCAUGGUCAACAAUGAACCUUCAACAGAAACAAAUCCCACUGAAGUAUUUUUAAAAGAGCUGAAUAUUCCAAGCGGCGAUGGUUUGAUGAGUGUAAGAAAAGCGGGUAUUGCGUUACUGUGUCAUUUAGAUAGACUCGGGGCACCCCUACUACCACCAUUAAAAGGAUUCGUAACGUGUACAGAAUCCGCCCAAGAAGUGAUCUCAGUAGGAUUAGGCCCUAUACAACUAGGUUCACUUAGAAUACAGCAAAUAUCCUGUGCAGAAAAAUUAGCAUUACUUUUGACUCAAGACGGAGUUGUAUACACACUGCCCUAUGAUACUAUGACACCACAGUUGGUUCCAGGUUUGGAAAAUAAGAGUAUAUGUCAAGUGGCAUGUCACUCCGCCGGACGACACUUCUUGUGCUGCUCGUCGUGCGGCGGCGUGUGGUCCUGGGGUGUCGGCGAGGACGGCCGGCUCGGACACGGCGAUACCGCUAAUAGGGAUGCGCCCUCUGCAAUACAUCACCUCGCACAUCACGAAGUGACGCGCGUCACUGCCGGUGUGGCCUGCAGCGCUGUUAUAACAUCGCGUGGCGCUUUGUAUACGUGGGGUCGUGGACCUCACGGCCGUCUCGGUCACGGCACUAUUGAAAAUUGUCUCACUCCACAACCCGUGUCCUUUAACGCGCAUAACAUUGAACGCAUUAUAGACGUGUCUUUAGGUUGGGGUGACAGCCUCACAUUGUGUUGUACAUGGGAGGGGGCAGUGCAAGGAUUUGGCGACAAUGAAGGCGGUGCUCCUAGAACCAUAGCAUCACUUUCGGUAUUAAGGAUCACAAGGGUAUAUACUGGAGAGCAUUUCCACGCUGUUCUGACUGACAAUGGUCAAGUUUAUACAUGGGGAAAAGGCGAUAAUUACCGUCUAGGACACGGCAACCUGGAAAACGUUAAGCUCCCAAAAGUAAUGGAAGCUUUUCAAGGUAUACGUAUAAUAGACGUGUCAUUGGGAUUAUGUCACGGAGUAGCUCUGACGUCAGAGGGCGCCGUGUACGCUUGGGGCACGCACGAACGAGCGCAAAUCGUGCGACCUGUACCGCAAUUACUACAAGUACUCAGUCCUUCGUUUAAAGCGAAUGGAAUUAGCGGUGGUCCAAAUCAUAUAUUCGUAUGGAGUGAAGAAAAUCCCAGAGACUUACCAUCGUCUAUGCCUUUCGUGAUAGAUUUGUCAGAUGGGACCUUUAAAUUUUUAGAAAGACUUCUAAGAUUAGUUGUGGAACAAAGUACAUCAGGUGAUCCAAAAGAGAAUGAAUGCUUAGCGGUAGCGUGUUUGAAUCUACUGAGGUUGCAGGUUCAUGCGUGGCAAUACUCCCGAGGUAUAGAUUCGGUGGAGAGCGAGACAGAGAGUAGAUCGUGGUGCGGCGGCGUGCACAGCGCACUGGUGUCGCUGGCGGAGGGGCGCGCGGGUCCUGUAGCCGCGGUGGCGGCGCGGCGCGCGCUGGCCGCGUCGUGGCCGCUGCUGCUGCCCACGCCUCAAGUUCGGGCACAUCAUCUCAUUUCCUUAUUGCCUCAAGGUUCAAUGCCCGCUAGUGCAGGCGCACGUUUCAUGACAGAGCUCCUGGUGUGGUCUCUGCUGGGGGGAGGAGGUCUACGUGACGCCGUACGGAAUGCUUUGCAAAUUCAUUCAGCCGAGAUGUAUAACCAUUUGCAGCUUGAUAACGAAUAUGACCAGGUGGAUAUAAUAACAGGACAACGUGGUCCUCCCGUAUCGAAAACCGGCGACGAUCCUGAUCAGGUCACCGGGUUCUCUGAAGAAUAUCAUCUGAGCAACACUGCAACAUCGGACAAGUGCGCCUCCGUACCGCUCAUGCACUUGGUGAAACAUUUGAUACGAAAUACAAGCUGUCAGACACAAACGUCCAUAAACGCAAUAAUUAAUGGUGAUCCCAGCAAGGUGGAUGAGCCCAAGGGCCAAGACGCCGUCAGCCCCAGCUGUGAUCUACUCAUACGAUUUCAAAGGUUAUUGUUCUGUGAGGCGAUGUGGUGUCGCGGCGGCCGCAGCUCGCGCGGCGGAGUCCGCUCGCUCCUGAACCAAUACACGGUUCUACUGUCCGAGCACGUACAGUCGACGCUGAGCUCGUUCUCGCGAGCCGUGCACGGCGCCGACAAUACCCAGCUCGUGGCUCUGUGUGAUCUGCUAGCUUCUGACAUUGUCGGUCGCGUUGUGACGGAGUUGAGCGCAUGGAUAUGUGCUUGUUCGGCGCGGUCCGCACACGCGCUGUCCGACUGCGCGGGCUCGCUCGUGAGGAUAGCGCGCGCGUGCGACGAGGCGGCCCGCGCGUUACCCUCGUCCGCGAAGCUAGACGCGGACCUGCUGGGCUGGCCCGGCCUCGUUUCGAAGAAACACCAGCUGAACAGUAGCGUUAUACGCAAAUGCGACUUACAGAAUCAUAUAAAAGACGGCGGUUCGUGGAUAAUAGUGGCCGGUCACGUUUUCGACGUUGAGAAUUUCGAUUGCGAGAACGCGAGCACGGUGGAGUUGGUCCGCAAGUUGCGGGGCGGCGACGCGACCGCGGCCCUGAGCGUGGAGCCGCACGCCGCAUUCCUAGCGCGGAUCACUGAGAAGUGCGUCGGCCUCUAUGCAGAUCAGAUUUAUAGUCACAAAUGUCAUGAGAGUACGUCCAGUCUUCGUGCCCAUCACAUCCUGUCGUCUGUCGCGUUCCACGUCGCGGUGGGGCUGGCGCAGUGCGGCUCGAGGCUGGCGCGGUCGCUGCCCGUGCAGCAGGCGGAGCUCGACGCCGCGCCGUAUGCAGCGGCUGUAUUCCUGCGCGGGGGAAUGCAGGUAUCGCAACUGACAAAUCCAUUUGAAGAGGAGAAAGCAGAAGCUCGCAGUGGAUCAUCGACAGGCGGCAACAGUCCCGCCAGCGAGACUCCGGCGACGACCCGGAUAUCUCGGCCGCUACCUCGCGUUAACGUGGCUUCGUCUCCGGCCAGAGCUGAAUCUCUAUUGUUUGCACUUGCUGAGCCGAAGCUACACGAUCCGUUAGCACUUCAUCUGUGGUGGGCGUGUGAACGUCACGAAGGCUGUGCACCACAUUUCCCUCCGGAGCAUCCACUGGAAGAACUGCGUCGCGCUUUACUCGCUGUGUUAUUAUACCAUGCUGGAUUAAAGGAACACGCCUUAGCCACUGCGAAAGCCGAAAUGGAGAAAGGUGAGGUGAAACUUUCGCCGGCUAUGUUGGAGAUCGUUAAAGCUGUGCAACAAAGUAAAUGGACAUUGAUGAGGACUAGGCAGCAGCUGUCCAGGGGCUAUAAGGAGGUUUGUGCAGCUCCGCUUGAACGCGCUCGAUUUCUUCUCCACGAAAUUCGUCCCGCCAUGUCUCCGGCCGUUAAUGCAUUACGUAAUCGGCCGCCGUCGCAUCGACCUCCUACGGCCAAAAGAAUAUUCCAGAAGGUCAUGCGCGUAGCUAAAACACCUAGUUUCAACAAAUGUUUUGAAACCACCAAGGACCUGCGAAACCGACAAAACAGUCUAAGUAAGAGCAUGUUCAAAGCUACCGGAAGUCUCUUACAAGGAGACGCGCUGCUUAUAAAAUCGUCGAUAGCCAACGCCACGAGUAAAACUCCUGAAGACAUCACCCCAAGCAUCGUGAUUGAACCAUUUAAACCCAGCGAAGGCGCUAGUGACGUAAGGGAACCUAAACUAAGAGUUAAAACCAAAGAUAAACUAUUAGAGAAAGAUCUGAAGAAUGCCUGCAAUUAUGAUGACAUGAGAAACGAAAGUCAUCGCGCGGCAGAUAGAGAUGACAUACUUGACCGGGACGAUGAUAAAACUCCAACCAACGAGAUAUCUUUCAGUUCAAUAAACGAUAUGACUGAUAAUUCGGUGUUCAAAGACUCUAUAGAAAGCGAGAAACAAGUGAUACUGCUCGCUGACGAUCUCAAGAAUGACUUGAUUAUGGCUGACGAAGAAAAAGACGACGAUACUUCAGAAAGAAAUAAGUUUGUGAAUGCGUGGGUGUCUAGGCUAGCUGGUGAAGAGAAAGAUUUGCACUGGCUGUUAGAGUCGGUCACUCCCGAACAACAGAGUUUAACGAUAGCUAUUAUAGACUUCGUAAUGACUGAAGAAACCUGUGAUAUAGAUAUAUUAAGACGAGCCCUGUAUUGUCAGGUACAGCGUGCCGAAAUAAGAAGAACUGGCUACAGUAUUAUAAACAGCAUACUACAUUCCUCACAAACGAUGUCGGAAAGUGUCAAAUACGGAGCUCUUGUUGGAUUGCUGGGUGCUUCGAUGGCCGAAUCAGUAUCUGGUGUUCCGCUAAAACCUACCAUACCGUUAACACCUCCGUUGGACUCUAUAGAAUCUGUGAUACCGUAUUCCAAGUAUAUGGUGCUUCUAGAACGAUCGAAGCUGAUGGAUUUCGUUUUGAUUGAAUUGAAAGCGAGGGUUAUGGAAGGGGAGCAGCAUCAGACGCUACCGACGAAAAUGAGUGCUAAUUACGGUGCACAUGCAUUAUUGAAUCGACCUUCUAGAGCAAGGUUUCUGAUAACUUUACUAUCGCUUCUCACCGAAGGCUGUCAAGGGCCGGAAUUAGAACAGCUGAUAAAUGGCGGCGCACUAAGUUCCUGUCUGACGUUACUGAAACAAAUCGGCGGUGAUACAUCUCAAUAUUCAUCCCUUAUUACUAACGGACUGAAAAGUAAACCGGAAUGUCUCAUUAUUUAUGAGGAUGAAAGAUUGGGAGCCAGGGCUCGUGGCGCGUCAUUAUCAGGACCGGAAUUGGCUUCUUUGAUGAAAAUUGGAACGAGGGUAGUAAGAGGAAAAGACUGGAAAUGGGGUGACCAGGAUGGCGUACCCGGCGGCGAAGGUCGAGUAAUUGGUGAGCUGGGUGAAGAUGGAUGGGUUCGUGUAGCGUGGGAUGCGGGCGGCACAAACUCUUACCGAAUGGGGAAGGAAGGCAAAUAUGAUUUAAAACUCGCACGUUCACCAUCUCCACCGCCCUCUAUUGACGAGACUGUGCAUGGAACAGUGGAAAACAACAUAGAGUGGUGGCCCGUGAGCGAGGUCCGUUCGGCGUGUACGGGUGCUAUCCGCGCGCUGUGUGCGGGCGCGGGCCGCCAGCUGUGCGCGCUGGGCAGCGUGGCCCGCAGGAACGUGACCGCUCUACAACGGCGGCUGCUCACGUUAGCGCAUGCGCACGCCACUCCGCCGCCUACUGCCUUCGCCGCUAACUACCACACCGCUCUGGCUUUACUUAGAGCAAGUGCUCAAAGUCCAGAGAUGAGGAUAUCUCUAUGUACAGACUCAUGGUUUGAACUAUGCUACAGUAUCAUAUCAACUUCGGAUAAACCUAUCACUUUAGAUCACAUCUAUUUACAAAUACAAUCCCUCUGGCUUCUGCGCCGAGUAUUAGUUGAGCACAGUGGGUCUCCCGAAUGGCGUCGAACUGUAGCAGCGCAGUUACUUGCGCUCAUCGGCCGGCUGUGGCUAGAGACACAUUCUUGGGAUCCUGCUCUAAGAUUAAACCAACAAGCGUUCGCAGCCCAUAAUGAUGAAGAGGAAAUAGACAAUAGAUGGCGCGCCCCGGCUACGGCUAGCUACACAGGGGGUACGUGCGCCGCCCUCGUGCAGCUCGUGCGGCAGCUACACACGGCAACACAGUGGCACGCCCCAAUCACAGCUUUAUUACUAGAGAAACUACAGUUGGCAGCUCAAAUGGUAACAAGCGACUGGCAUUGGUGGCCACAUGCAAGUCAAGAAAUUACUCAAACUGUUAAGCCCACUCCGCCUAGUCUCGAGACUUGUCUCAUUGCUGGUGCUUUGGGAGUGAUUGGGGGAGUGGAAUGGAGAAUUCGGAUUGGUCAGCGUGUGUCCGCCGGUACACCUCCUCGUAACGGAAUAGUGAUACAACUGUCGUCGCGAGCAAAAAUCUCCUUGAUGCACGACGAUAACACUAUUGUGAAGACUGAAUUAAACAGCAUUCAGAAUUCGGAAUGUGAGCGUUUGGCUCAGCCGCUCGGAGGAGGCGAGAGCGCUCUGCGGGUUUGCGCGGCUUUACUGGGAGCCGGACCUCAGGCCUCGCCGCUGCAUCCGCAUCACUUACCCGCUGAAAUUGACGUUUAUGGUCUAAGAAAACAACAAAUAGAAUUAUUGACGCUGUGUGCGGUACGAGGUUUACUCACAACACGAACGCGACUCCGGAAAGUUCUGAUGCAACCACCGGAUAAUUCAGGUACAUCAGAGAGAGCAUCUACUUGCUUGGGUACAGAAGGUACAUUACUCCGGCGACUGUUGGCGCUAGCGACACGGCCCAGUCCGUUAUCCGCGUCGUACACUCCGAAGGAACUAGCCGCGGCCGCCCUCACCAUAGUGCAGCAGCUAGCUGCUCAUGUCAAUGGUGACGAAAAGGAUCACGAAAGCUCACCGGACAUGCCAAUUAUUGAUAAAAGUAACGUAAUGCAUGUAUCGGUGGGACCAUCUACCAGUACUGCCUCUCUGUCAAGAAAAGAUCUUAAUACAUGGGCUAACUCAUCUCAGGUGCAACAGGUUAUUGAGAUGGGAUUUUCAAGACACGCUGUCUAUGGAGCUAUACAAGCUUUAGGUGGAACGAGUCUCCCGUCAGUCGAAGCUCUCGUAGCAUAUCUAUUAGAACUAUCGCAACAAGGUAUGGACGAUUCCGUUUUUGAAGUGAAACCACAGCCAGCUAAACAAGAUAAGAAACAAACGCCGUAUAGAUGGCGCAGUUGUUUCGCAUCCGAAGACGAAUACUCGCAGUACUUAUCGGAUGUGAUAACACCGGGCAUGACUGUACGCUGCUGUAAGGCGUUUGAAAGUGUGGCACUUGGUGAUGUUGGGCAAGUGCAGAAAAUUGAACGGGAUAUCAAACAGAACGUUUUUCUUCACGUCGAGUGGCGUGGUCUGGGGCGCGUGGCCGGCGUGCGAGCCGUGCACGCCGAAGUAGUAUCGGGGGCGCCGCCAUUCGCGGUCGGCGACAGAGUAAGGGUGCGAGCUGCAGUCACCCAGCCCCGGUACAAAUGGGGUUGCAUCGAUCACACGAGCGUUGGUACUGUUACAGCGGUAUCAACGAACGGCCGCGAUUUGACUGUCGACUUCCCUCAACAACCUGGAUGGACCGGACAAGUGAGCGAAAUGGAACUAGUCACCGAUCAGUCGGAAUGGAGCGAAAGUUCUGGAGGAAUGACGGUCGGCUGGCGGGGAACCAUUCGUGCCGUGAGAGUAUCGUCAUGCAGGCUCGGUGCUGGAGCAAGGAGACUGCUUGACUCACAACCCCACACUUACUGGCAAAGUUCUAGUGGGACCGGACAGCACUGGAUUCGUAUAGAGAUGCGCUGCGGCGUGCGCGUCCGUCGACUCGGCCUAGGGGUGGGCGGCGGCGUACACGGUCCCGCGGCGCUGGCCGUGCGGGCGGGGAACAGCUUCGACGACAGCGCACUGGCGCCCGUGGCAGCCCUGGUGUGCGCGCCCUCGCCGCCCAGGGACAGACCGUCAGCGCAUCUGGCGCAGAUACAGCUUGUAGCUGACUGCAAACAGUACUAUCCAUGCAUUGAGAUCGGUAUUAAGCAGAAUAGAAAUAUUAACGCAGAUUGUCGUGUGCACGGACUGUACAUAACCGGCUUCAGACCAAACCCACUAUACACUGAAAUAUUGCAGAACAUGAAUUUUGUAGCUGAAGAUUGGAUGGAAAAGGAUUGUCCAUCAAGUGCAAUUUCCGUAGAUAAUAAUCCUCCAAUUUUGCCAAACGAUUGUCCUAAGGUAUACGUCUGGGGAUUGAAUGAUAAAGAUCAACUGGGAGGCGUGAAAGGUUCCAAAGUAAAAGUGCCUGUUUUCUCACCUGUGCUAAGCGCCUUGCGUCCCGUGCAUAUCGCGGGUGGAUCUAAAACGCUCUUCAUUGUAUCUCACGAUGGAAAGCUCUACGCGUGCGGUGAAGGCACGAACGGGCGCUUAGGCCUAGGGCACAGCAACAACGUGUCGACGCCGCGAGCUAACCCGUACUUAUCACAUGUGCUCGUGCGGAAAGUAGCCGUACAUUCUGGAGGGAAACACGCCUUAGCUCUGACUGCAGACGGAAAGGUUUACUCGUGGGGUGAAGGCGAAGACGGUAAACUAGGUCACGGAAACCGUUUGACUUUAGAAGUGCCGCGUCUCAUAGACGCGUUGUCCGGAGAGCGCGUGGUCAGCGUGGCGUGUGGAUCUGCUCACAGCGCCUGCGUCACGGCCCGAGGACAUCUCUACACCUGGGGCCUCGGAGAGUAUGGGAGGCUGGGACAUCGUGAUAAUAUUACCCAGUUGGUACCUAAGAUGGUGGAAGCCUUAGCUAAUUUUAGGGUGAUACAAGUAGCUUGUGGAUCGCGGGAUGCGCAAACGUUGGCAUUGACGGCUUGCGGGAAAGUCUUCUCGUGGGGCGAUGGUGAUUUUGGAAAAUUAGGUCGAGGUGGGUCUGACGGGUGUGCAGUACCAAUGAACAUAGAAAGAUUGAAUUCCCUUGGAGUUGUUCAAGUCGAAUGCGGUGCUCAAUUCAGUUUGGCUCUGACAAGAGACGGCGAGGUGUGGACGUGGGGCAAGGGAGAUUAUUUUCGGCUCGGUCAUGGCUGCGACGCUCACGUGCGUCGCCCGACACUCGUCGAAGCGUUGCGCGGCCGGAGAGUCGUUCACGUCGCUGUGGGAGCCUUACACUGUCUGGCUGUAACUAGCGAUCAUCAGGUGUGGGCGUGGGGCGACAACGAUCACGGUCAGCAGGGUAACGGCACGACGUACGUGAACCGUCGGCCGGCGGCCGUGGCGGGCGUGGAGGGCGUGCAGCGAGCGGCGGCGGGCUCGUCGCACUCGGCGGCGUGGUCGCUGCGGCCGCCGGACGCGCACGCGCCGCACGUCGCGCCCCUCCCCUUCCCCACGCUCAAGGACCCGCUCGGCGUGCAAAGUCUCGGUUUAUAUGCAGAGGAAUCCACAGUUGAAGAACCGCAAGGGCCUCGUGCGUCUUUGGCAGCAGCUGCACUCGCUCUAGAACCACCGGUGGCUGUUCAACACGCGUUGUCUUUGAUUUUGUUAUCCCUGCACAUUUGUCAAGCACGCAAUCUACUGGUAGAAGCAUUGCGGGCGCACGAAGCUACUUCGACUGCGGCUCCUGUGUCGGCGGCCAUUGACACUGAAGACGAAGAUGCCGAUGGAGACGCACGCACUGGUGGCGGAGAAGCUCCGGCCGACAGAGCUACAUUGCCAAGCGGUGCGAGCAGCCCUCUCAGUGGUUCUAUGUCUUCUCGACACUCGGCCGUAAUGUCUUCGAGUGCUGUAUCCGUCGCAGCCGCCACCAUGACUGUGCAACAAUCCGAAGCUCCAAAGAUGGAGUUAGAUGACUUCACGUCGCAGCUUGGUGAAUCUGAUGCGAGAGCACUCGUGGAUUUGUUAAAACUGGCAGCGGCGGGUCGAAUACCCGAUGCUAAUAAUGCGGUCAAAAUUAUUAAGGAUGUUCUCAUGUCUCUAUGCGCCAGCAAGCCUGCCGUAGCGGAUAUGGUGGUGGAGGUGUGCGUUUGCGAACUAGAAGAGGCCGCUGCGGGGGGAGGGCGUGCCCCCCCGCAACCUGUAACAGUGGACAGUCCGCACCCUUACGCCGACGAUACGGAUAUUUCGGGUGUUGUCAAAAUUCCGGGAGCAUCGUCGUUGCGCGUGGUCUUUGAGCAGGGAUGUUCGACGGAGAGGAGAAACGAUCCUUUGACGAUAUCAGACAGCACUGGCCGCGUGCUCGCCACGCGCUCGGGCCGGGAACCGUCUGAUUGGGCGCAGGAAAUUAUUGUUAAUGGUGAUGAACUUCGCUGGAGAUUCACAAGCGACGGCUCGGUAAACGGAUGGGGUUGGAGAUUUACCGCUCAUCCCAUAUUACAAACACACGCUAUAGCGGAAAGCGGAUCAGACCGCUAUGUUUUGUCUUGUCCCUCAGUUGAACUUGCGUGGAGAUUGUUGGAUGGGCCAUUACUGACGGCCAUAUCUAAUGACCACCAGCUCGCACCGCGGCUGGCUCAGGCAUUAGCAAUCUGUGCUCAGAUGCCAACAUUAUCGUGGCGGGCGCGCGUGUGGUGCGUGCGUCGGCUGCGCGGCGUCGUGUGCGGCUCCGGCGACGGAGAGCCGACCACCGGCAUCCCGCCCGCGCUGGCGCACCUGCCGCAGCUGCUCCAAGCUCAGUACGAAAACGAAGAGCCGGCUCUCAGGACCGGCUCGCAUCUCAUGCACACUCAUUAUAUGAAGGAAUUAGCGUGGUUAGCUUGCGGCCUACGUAUCGACUCGCGUGUGUGCAACGGGCCGGACUCGUCCCGCUGGGCCUGGUUCAAGCGGUACUGUCUGUGCAUACGCACGGCGGACGCGCUCAUCCGCCGUAGACAGAUGCCGUCGCCAUUCUUGGGCGACGUCAGGAAACGACUUGCCGACCUCGGCGUCUACAGCGAGGAGUCGACCAGCGAGGCGCCCUACGCCUGGGAGGACAACACGAAGUUCACAAAGCAGCAUGACGAACAGUUGCUGCACUGGGUCAAUAAACGUCCAGAGGACUGGACUGGUUGGUGGGGCAGUAGUUCUCGUGGCUGUGCCGUAUACGGCUGGGGACACAAUCAUCGCGGGCAAUUAGGUGGAGUUGAAGGGGCUAAAGUGCGAACGCCUACUCCCUGCCACGCCCUCGCGGCUCUGAACCCCGUGCAACUAGUGGGCGGUGAACAGACACUCUUCGCGGUCACCCCAGAUGGGAAAGUCUAUGCAACAGGUUAUGGAGCGGGAGGACGAUUGGGCAUUGGUGGAAUAGAUUCGGUCUCGCAACCAUCGCUGUUAGCAUCGAUACAACAUGUGUUCAUCACUAAGGUCGCAUGCAAUUCCGGUGGAAAACAUUGUUUAGCCCUCUCUGCCGAAGGAGAAGUUUAUAGUUGGGGCGAAGGUGAAGACGGAAAACUCGGUCAUGGAAACAGAGUGAGCUACGAUCGUCCUAAGCUAAUAACGGCCCUGUCCGGACUAGAAGUGGUAGCCAUUGCGUGCGGAGGCGCUCACUCGGCGUGCCUAACUGCUCGAGGACGCAUCUACACCUGGGGCAAGGGGAGGUAUGGACGACUCGGACAUGGAGAUUCUGAAGAUCAACUCGUGCCUAAAUUGGUUGAAGCGCUGGCAACCCAACGCGUAAUUGAUGUCGCAUGCGGAUCCGGUGACGCGCAAACCCUUUGUAUCACCGACGAUGACAACGUGUGGUCUUGGGGCGACGGCGACUAUGGAAAAUUAGGUCGUGGCGGCUCAGACGGAUGCAAGCUACCGAUGCGGAUAGAUUGCUUGAAGGGAUUGCGUGUUAUCAAAGUAGAAUGCGGCUCGCAGUUCUCAGUGGCGCUAUGUCAAUGCGGUAGCGUUUACACUUGGGGCAAAGGGGACUACCACAGACUCGGGCACGGCAGCUACGAACACGUACGACGCCCGAUGCGAGUAACAGGAAUGCAAGGGAAAAUGAUCGUGUCCAUAGCAACAGGUAGUCUUCAUUGCGUAGCGUGUACGGACACGGGCGAGGUCUAUACAUGGGGUGACAACGACGAAGGGCAACUGGGAGACGGGACCACGCUCGCUGCUCAAAGACCGAGACUCCUCAUGGCUCUGCAGGGUAAAAGAGUGACGAAAGUGGCAUGCGGUAGUGCUCACACCGUGGCACUCUGCGUAGAAGCGCCUCGGGCUCCCAGAGCCCCGCCCCCGCCGCCGCUCGAGUGUCACCUGCUCAGAGAUCUAUCGACGCAACUCAUAUGCAAUCGACUGGUUUUAUUGCAUCAGUUUUCUGAGCUGAUAUGCCCGAACCUGUCGUUAUUGAUCUUGGAAGGACCUCUGGAUGCUCUCAGGAAUUUGCUGUUCCACAGCGUCAAAGAAGCUGCAUUUAGAAAGGCGAUAAUGGCUACAAUGCUACGCGAGCGGCAGCACGGGCCCGUGGUGGAGCUGUCCCGCGUGGCGGCGCGGCGCUCCCGCAAGGGCGGCGCGGGGCUGGCGGGCGCGGCCGGCAUGCGCUCCGUGUUCGGGCAGAUGGUGGCGCGCCUGCCCACCUUCCCGCACGACGCGCUCACCCUCCCGCACCGCGUCUGGAAGGUCAAGUUUGUAGGGGAAAGUGUUGAUGACUGUGGUGGAGGGUACAGCGAGAGCAUUGCCGAGAUGUGCGAAGAACUUCAGAACGGUUCGCUGCCGCUGUUAAUGGCGACGCCGAAUGGACGCGGAGACGCCGGCGCCUCCAGGGAUGCCUUCUUACUGAACCCAACUGCCAAUACGCCUCUUCACCUGCACUGCUUUAGGUUCCUGGGUCUUCUGAUGGGCAUCGCCAUAAGAACUGGUUCGCCGUUGUCAUUGUCUCUGGCGGAGGGCGUCUGGCGCCAGUUGGCAGGACAACCGCUGCGUCCACAAGAUCUCGCCGAAGUCGACAAAGAUUUCCUGCCAGCUCUACUGUGCAUCCGAGAUAUGACUCCGCAAAAUAAGGAGCUGCAGAACCUGGAGUUGCCGUUCUCGAUACCAUCGGCGGCUGGGCAUGAAGUACCCCUGUCUACUCGACAUAAGAGGGUCACCCCUGACAAUAAAGAGGAAUAUGUGCAGUUAGCAUUGCAUUACAGGCUCCAUGAAUUCGACGAGCAAGUCCGUGCGGUCCGGGACGGCAUGUCCCGCGUGAUCCCGGCGCCGCUCGUCGCGCUCUUCAACGCGUCCGAACUCGAGACUCUGGUCUGCGGCUCGCCCGAUAUACCGGUCAACGCGUUACGCGCUUCCGCCACUUACAAAGGUGUCGAACCAAAUGCGCCCCUAGUUCAAUGGUUUUGGGAAGUAAUGGAAGAGCUGUCGGGAAGCGAGCGCGCUUUGUUCCUUCGAUUCGUAUGGGGCCGGACACGUUUGCCGAGAGCGCCGCAAGAUCCAAGACAAAGGGAUUUCGUCUUACAGGUACUCGAUAAAUACCAACCACCGGAUCACUUUUUACCGGAGAGUUACACGUGUUUCUUUCUCCUCAAGAUGCCAAGAUAUUCGUGUAAAUCUGUUUUACGGGAAAAACUAAGAUACGCGAUCCAUUUCUGCAAAAGUAUCGACACUGAUGAGUACGCUAGAGUGGCACUAAGCGCGGCCGAACGUGUUUCGUCCGAAGAAUCGGAUUCCGAUGGGGAUGCACCGCACCCCUCGCACCCGCCCCCGCUGUACUCCUUGACCAGAGCACCGACCUGGCUCUAAUACGCAUGUAAAGGAAACUAAGGCAUUCUACGAACUAUUUCUAGUCCUAGAAAGUUCUAGUUGAAAGGUGACACAAUCUUUAUAAUAUACCGUUGAAAUGGAUGGAUAUAUUUCAGAUGUAAUGUAGAUGAGUAAUCAAGUGAAUAAAGCAAAAAAAAAAAAAAAACGGUAAUUAAAUGACGCUUGUGCAACAGAGAGGACUCUAGCCACGGUAGUAUUAUAAAUGAGUUCCUCCGUUUUUUUCUAAAUAAUAUAACCAUGGGAUCUAUGAGAUUUUCAUAAGUAUAAAACUUGACCGACCAAUAUAUCUAUAGUCACGUCUAUGAGUGUAAUGAAUAUUUUCAUAAGUGAAAUUAGUGUUUGUGCGAUUGCAUUUAACUACGUCCAAAUAUAUUAUUAGCUCAUAUUUCACGAGGCUAGAAGCAGUUUGUUGAAUGUUUUAUUAUUUUAUGAAUACUGUGAUAUUAAUUCACUGAAAACGAAAAGCAAUAUGUCAUACGAAUUGCAUUUUUUUUAUAUCAAUUCAUGAUAACUAUGGAGGUAUUUCCGUAAGAGACAAAUACAUUUUUUUAUAUUCGUUAAAAUAUUUAGGUAGACACGUUUUUGUCAUAAAUGUAACAAUCAUCUUGUCUAUCUUCUAAAAUUUAGUGUUUAGAAGUGGCAGAUAUUAUUUCCCAGUGGAGUCAUUAAGUAUUUUCGUGUCGAACUAAAACCUAUAUAACCUAAAUAAUUUAUCAUCAUAUCGGGUAACUUUUGUACCAUGAACCGCCUAAAGUUUCGAAAUUUAGUUUCAUAAAUAUAUUUUGUGAGAUUGAUGUAAUUUUACCUCAUACAAAAAUGUAUUUAAAUGAACCAAAACUGUCAUAUACGAUGGUGACAAAUCAUUUUGAUUCACAAAUAUUUUUGACGAUAUUUAAAUGUCCCAAAUGAUAUUUUAAAUUCUAAUUUCAUUCCAGCGUUAUGUGUAUAACGAUCUAAAGGAUUGGAUAUUCAAUAAAAAAGUAAAAAGCUACUAAGGAAUUAACAGAAAUAAAAAUAACGAUUUAAUAAAGUCGAUUACGUAUUUUACGUUAGUAGGAAAAUAAUAUAAACUGUAGGUACAUAAUUAGGUACUCUUAAAUACUCAUACGAACUCAUAGUAUUAUUAAUGAUCUUUUAGUAUGAUUAAUGAUUAUACAAGAACAUUAGCGCGUGUGCAGCGUUAGCUUCCUUAUAUUGUAGCUACAAUAUAAGUUCAAUGUUAUUUGUGACCAGCGAACAUGAUUUCAACUGUAGAAUUCCAUCCAUUGUGCAUAAGUUUCUCGAUUAACACAGCAUGCAAAAAGUUUCAGAGUGUAAGAGAACCAUACCCAAACCAAAGUAUGACUUCGGGCUUACUAAGACAGUUAAAAAAAUUAAUGCAAUAAAAAUCUAUGUAUGUAAUAAAAAAGGAAAUAAAUGUAAUUCAUAAUAAAAUUAAUAAGAGCGCAUUAUUAUAACAGUCUUAUAAAAUCUACGAUAAGAAGUAAUUAUGAACGAGAUUACUUGUGAUUAUUGAUUGAAAUCUUCCGAGCCCGCAAUGUAUCGUAAUAAGAAUUAUCAACUGUGUACGGCUUACAUUGCGCGUUCGUAAAACAUAAAAAAAUACUCAUUUAAGUAUUUUAUACUAAUUUUGUUGCAGUCUGAUUUAUAAGAUUAGCAUUUUAGUUCCGGGAAUGAUUUUCUAAGUCCUCGAUCAUCUAACUUCACGAUAUAAAACUACCUCUUUAAACGAUCACGAUAACGUAUAAUCGCAAUUGAUUGACUGGCACAAAUAAACUGUCUUUUCAUUCAUGUAAUUCACGAGUCCAGUCUUCUCUUUUCAAUACAAGCAGCCGUUAUAAUGGAUUUUAUUGACAUUUAAAUUUGAAUAUCAAGUCUAAAGUUGGUCGGUUGCUGUCUAUGAAUUCCAGCUGGGUCUUUUGAUUCUCUGCCCGAAAAAUGCCCAUUAAAACAACAAAAAUAAUAAGGGUGAGUACCGACUAACUGGAGUUUAGUAUACCAUUUAUUAAAUGCACACCGAACUAAGCGACUAGGACACUAAACUCAGUUAAAUUACACCAACUAACUUACACUAAGUUGCAAAGAUAAUAAAUACAUCACAUACUACGUAUGUUCUGUGUGCUUAGUGCGAGUUUUUUAACGUUCUCGAUAGCGUAAAAGUUAGCUCAUAUUUGUGUAUGGAAUCGUUUGCCUACGUUUGCCGUUAAGGGCGCUGUUCCAACUGCAUACAAAAUUGGGCUAACUUUUACGCUAUCGUGAACGUUAAAAAACUCGCACUGAGCACACUGAUCGGAUUAACCGCGGUAUCAGAUAUGAGGUAAAUGCGCUUAACGUAGGCAAAACUGUGUAACAUUUUAGUGAUUAAUCAUAAAAUAUGUUACGGUUUCGCUUCAUGAAUAUUCGUGGAAUGCUAGUCAUUAUUUUUCAAGUUUUUAACUUGGUUGUUAUUUCUAUAUAACUCAACGGUUAUGUAAGCUUAGCGGAAACGAAUCAAAAUGUUAGUAGUUAAUUAUUAUCUCAUUAAAUUUUAAUAGAUUGGCCAUCAAAGUAUUUAUUCAAGAAAAGCUACAGAUAUUAAUAAUCCGAAAAAUUAAACUUAAGGAGAGAUCUAAAUAUGUAGACAUAAUUUUUGUACAGCGGAAAAUUACAUAUAUUUGAGGAAUGAUCUAGAAUAUAACUAGCACAGUAAAGUAGUAAAUGUAACACAAUUCCACAGCAAAGUUUUGUAAUUAAUAAUUCUGGCUUAAAUGUAGCUAUGAACCAUUCCAGUGAAGGAAGUUGAGAAAAAAUGAAUCAAUGUUUAAUGUGAACCUAAUCAUAUUGAUUUAUGUAGGUGUUCACAAGAAUUAGUCGCUUCGCUAUUGUGCUCUAUUCAAUGUAUAGCUGUUUGGUGCUAGUGCUUUCGUGUAUUAUCUAUUAUACAUUUUUUAUACGGAGAAUAUUUUAAUAAUCAUGCACAUUAUAUAUUGGAUUAUAUACAGAAUCCGAUAUGCUAAAUUUAUAUUUGUGUGCUUAUAUAAAUAUUACAACUUAUUGAUAUUAGGAGCGUUCGUAUCACGCUAGAAAAUAGCGAUUAUCGUUGUUUUGUUACGAACAUUCCAAAUUUAAACCAACGUGAACUUUUUUUUCGUUGCCAAAGAAAAUCCUUGAUUUAGAUAUCUUUGGUUUAAAAAAUGCUGAAAAUGUAAUAAUAGUCUCUUUGCAGCUGAAAUAUUAUUUAUUUUAAUUGUAAAAGCCAAGUUCACUUAUUUUUUAUAACAUAGCUGAUAAAUAAUACCGAUACUUAUAUUCCUAAGUAGGUAUGUAAGUUAAAUAAAAAACAGUCUUAAUAUCAUGCUAGACCAGUGGUUGCAACUAAAAGAGACGAUAACACACAAUUUAAAGUUAUUUAAAAAGCAAUUUUUUUAAUAUACAUAUAUUUUUAUAAACUUAGUUUCCAAAAAUACUCGUACAAGGCAAAGUAAGUAAGAUUUCGUGCCUGAACUAAACAUUUCGCAAAAGAGCUGUAGCCUAGGAGUCAGAGUUGCCGACCACUGUGCUAGAUAGAUAACGCAUUACUUACUGUAAGGCAUACGUCAAGUCUUGUAAUUCUUACUUUUAAUGCAAAAGAUUGAAACUUCCCGCUAAUUACUGACUGAUUUAUGUAUAAGCCGCGCCAAUAAAGAAACGAAUCGAAAAUGGCGUCUAUGUACCUGCACUGACAGAUGAUAGGGUCAACAAAUAAAAAGAAAUAUAGAAAUAAAAAGUUGUUUAUUGUAAAAAAAUAUAAAAAAACAAAUGAGAAUGUACUUUACUUUACUUUAUGCCCUCGCAGAGGGGGAGGUGUCUCAUCUGGGAUGCAACUUGCGUAGAUAAUUUUGCUGCCAGUCAUCUAAGUCACACAACUCGAAAGUAAAAACCUCGAACUCAACAACAAAGUCAGAACUGAUAUUUUUUUUGCAUGCAGUACGCGCCGUGUAAGACAGCAAUAGCUUAAGAGUGAGAACGGAUGAUCGCCGCCGCCAUUUUAGAUUCGUUUCUUUAUUGGCGCGGCUUAUAACUGAUUUAUUUUUUCAAAAAACAUGUAAUUCCAUGAACCUUGUUAUGUUUACAAAGCUUUCAACAGUCAACUAACCUAUAUUAUGUUGCAACAUAUAAAUAAAAUAAAGUAUUAAAAAUUUAUUUA